GCCGAGUCUGUCGGGACUGGGGGGACUGGGCCGAGAGAGCGAGGGAGGGACCGAGCGUGCGAGCGUGCAAGCGAGGAGGGGAAGGGCGGCCACUCGUGCCAGAGCGGCCGCGGACGACAGUGCGAGCGGUGGGGGAAAGGAGCAGGGAGGGGAAGAAGAAAGGCCUAGAGAAGAGGCGGACGGACGCUGGUGGUGGUGGGAGAAGGAGAAGGAGGAGCUGGAGCUCCACUCGCGCCGGACCCAGGGAGCAGCGAGCACGCGUUGCCCGCAACCGGAUCUCCUCGGACAGGAUUCCUCCGCCGCAGCCCGACGGGGAGGGCUGGUUGCACAUAGCGAUUUAGAUGAAAGAGCUAUCGAAGCUUUAAAAGAAUUCAAUGAAGACGGCGCAUUGGCAGUUCUUCAGCAGUUUAAAGACAGUGAUCUCUCUCAUGUUCAGAACAAAAGUGCCUUUUUAUGUGGAGUCAUGAAGACUUAUAGGCAGAGAGAAAAACAGGGGACCAAAGUAGCAGAUUCUAGCAAAGGACCAGAUGAGGCAAAAAUUAAGGCACUCUUGGAAAGAACAGGAUACACACUCGAUGUGACCACUGGACAGAGGAAGUAUGGGGGACCGCCUCCAGAUUCCGUUUAUUCAGGUCAGCAGCCUUCUGUUGGCACUGAGAUAUUUGUAGGGAAGAUCCCAAGAGAUCUGUUUGAGGAUGAACUUGUUCCGUUGUUUGAAAAAGCUGGACCUAUAUGGGAUCUUCGUCUAAUGAUGGAUCCACUAACUGGUCUCAAUAGAGGUUAUGCGUUUGUCACUUUUUGUACAAAAGAAGCAGCUCAGGAGGCUGUUAAACUGUAUAAUAAUCAUGAAAUUCGUUCUGGAAAACACAUUGGUGUCUGCAUCUCCGUUGCCAACAACAGGCUUUUUGUGGGCUCUAUUCCUAAGAGUAAAACCAAGGAACAGAUUCUUGAAGAAUUUAGCAAAGUAACAGAGGGUCUUACAGACGUCAUUUUGUAUCACCAACCAGACGACAAGAAAAAAAACAGAGGCUUUUGCUUUCUUGAAUACGAAGAUCACAAAACAGCUGCCCAGGCAAGACGUAGGUUAAUGAGCGGUAAAGUCAAGGUCUGGGGAAAUGUUGGAACUGUUGAAUGGGCUGAUCCUAUAGAAGAUCCCGAUCCUGAAGUUAUGGCAAAGGUAAAAGUGCUGUUCGUACGCAACCUGGCCAAUACUGUAACAGAAGAGAUUUUAGAAAAGGCAUUUAGUCAGUUUGGGAAACUGGAACGAGUGAAGAAAUUAAAAGAUUAUGCUUUCAUUCAUUUUGAUGAGCGAGAUGGUGCUGUCAAGGCUAUGGAAGAAAUGAAUGGCAAAGACUUGGAGGGAGAAAAUAUUGAAAUUGUUUUUGCUAAGCCACCAGAUCAGAAAAGGAAAGAAAGGAAAGCUCAGAGGCAAGCUGCAAAGAAUCAAAUGUAUGAUGAUUACUACUAUUAUGGUCCACCUCAUAUGCCCCCUCCAACAAGAGGUCGAGGGCGUGGAGGUAGAGGUGGUUAUGGAUAUCCUCCAGAUUAUUAUGGAUAUGAAGAUUAUUAUGAUUAUUAUGGCUAUGAUUACCAUAACUAUCGUGGUGGAUAUGAAGAUCCAUACUAUGGUUAUGAAGAUUUUCAAGUUGGAGCUAGAGGAAGGGGUGGUAGAGGAGCAAGGGGUGCUGCUCCAUCCAGAGGUCGCGGGGCUGCUCCUCCCCGCGGUAGAGCCGGUUAUUCACAGAGAGGAGGUCCUGGAUCAGCAAGAGGCGUUCGUGGUGCGAGAGGAGGUGCCCAACAACAAAGAGGCCGCGGGCAGGGAAAAGGGGUCGAGGCCGGUCCUGACCUGUUACAAUGAAGACUGACUUGCUAUGUGGGAUUACACCAGAAGCUUGCAGUGGAGUAAUGGUAAGGAAAUCAAGCAACCUUAAAUAUCUCGGCUGUAUAGGAGCAUAUUCUAUUGCAGAAGACCUUCCUAUGAAGAUCAUGGAAUCAAAUACAGGACAUUGAACUAAUACUUGGACUUUGAUAUGAAUUUCUUUAACAAUUUUCUCUGCAGUGCAAGUUAUUAAACUAAAGCUACUCUAUUUUCCAAAUGUGUUCCAACAGAAAUUCUUCAUAACUUCUAGCAUGGUAUCUUAAUAAAGAAUAAAGUUCUUCUCUUUAAAAAAUCUGCUCUAAGUAGAUUUUUCCCCUGUUUUUUUAAAUUAAGGAUCCCAGCAUUGGUUUUCUGAAAUAUUCUCUUGAAUUUGUGCAUUUAAAUUUUAUUGCAGUGGUAUAGAUGAAUGCCAUUGUUGGUAUCCUUAAAUUUUAUUUCUGCUCACCAAGGUUAAUCAUGAUUGUCUAUAUCUUUUUUAUAGUAAUCACUUUUGAAUUGUGUUCAGAUAUGCAGUUUCAGGUGUAAUCAUCAGAGCUGGUUAGUCAGGCAUUCCAGAUAGUGGUUCUUUUCAGAACCUUUUUUAAAGGGUUGGUUAACUACCUCAGUAGCAGAGGAUUGAACUAUACCCUGUCUGUACUGUACAUAGAAAAUCUUUGUAGAUAAAAGCAAGGCUUGUUAAAUGAUAUGAGGGUAAGAUUUUAAUAUACCAAAUGUAACAUUCUUAGUUGCCUUUAGUUUCAGAGGCUUGUAAGACUUCCUCAUGACCAUCAUAACAGGCCUUGCUUUUGUCGUAUUUUGUGGCUGAAAAAGCAGCCUUGCUUCUUCAGAUAUUGUAGUUAUUUGGAUGUAUAAUAGUUUAGCAAGAUGUUACUUUUGUAAGACAUCAGAUGUUCAAAAAAAGUGCAUCCGAACUUGUACUAAAUACUGCAGUGUCCCUUUAUAAAAAGUCAGACUAAAACUGACAAUUGUACAGCGAAGCCUGACAUUUGGAUAUUUUGAAGUUUUUUCAUAAAUCAUAGAAAUUAGUAUACGGCUGUAGUUUAGCUUUUUAGGUAAAAGGUAUGUUUCAUUAGUGCAUUUCUUAUUGCUGAUCACUGCAAAACGUGAAUCAGCUUUUCCAUUUCUUAUGCAGGUCAUGAUAACUUGUAGAAUAGAGUACAAUCAUUUGUGCUAUGUUUUUAAUUUUCUAAAGCACCUUGAUGACAGUGAGUGUUCAGUGGUGAAGCAUCCUCUAUUGAAUCACCCUCAAAAAAUUUUUUGCCAAGUCCUAAAUUGAUAGCUUAAAGUCAGAAGUGAAAUUAUAGUUUAAUUGAGACUUGGUAUAAAGAAAUCCCUUUUCCCCUUCCCCAAAGGGAUACUGCAGUUAUAUCACAUACCCAAUAGGCACCAUGAUGAAGAUCAGAGCUUAAACUUAAUUAAGGUUUUAUACACACCAGUUUCCCCAGUAAAUGCAAAUUUAACAAGAAAAUUAGACAUGUCAUAUGUUCAAACUGCUCAUGGCAAACAAUCAUUUUGCAUUCCUGCAAAUAAAAUUGUUUUAUACUGUAAGCUGGAGGCGAGUGUAACUUAUUUUUGUAAUAAAGUUUUUAUUUUUUUUA